AUGGCACGCCUGUGUUCGGCUGUGUGUGGUGCCGAUGUUUUCGAUCCUGACUAUCGUAUAAAUCCGCUCACCAUCUUUGUUUUGUUGGCCAUCAAUUCGUAUCUGAUCUGCACUGGAUACACGAUUUACGUGGACAUUUAUAUAGAACGAGAUUGGACCAAAGUAUUGCAGGCCUUGUGCUUGUUGGGCAGUGCAGUUCAGGGCUAUUGCAAACUAUUAAACGGCAUUUGGAAAAAACACACGCAUAGAUUUUUGAUUAACGAACUUCUGGAGAUAUAUGAGAAGUAUGACAAAUAUGAUGCCGAUUAUCGUUGCUAUUUGAGCAAAAGCUUAGACACUGUCACCUAUAUUAUCAAAAUAAUUCUGGUCGUCUAUGCCGGAAGUGUGAUUGGCAUUAUCAGCGUGGUCCCCAUCUAUCGUCUGCUAUUCCAUGAAAACAUCUUUGUGAUGCAAUUUCUUUUGCCCGGCAUCGAUCCCGAAACGGAAUUCGGCUACAUCGUCAUGAAUUGUAUGCACUGCACCUGUAUAUUUUUUGGAGCCUUUGGAAAUUUUGCAGCCGAUACAUUCUUUUUCACCUAUGUCAGCCAAAUUCCAUUAUUGGCAAAUAUAAUGAAGUGUAAAUUUCGAGAUUUAAAUGAGGAACUAGAAGAGCUGGAUAUGCAAGACACCAGAUAUAAGACGGUAUUCAAGGACAUAUUGCAGUGGCAUCAGAAAUAUAUGAAAUUUAUCAGCACAGUUAAGGACAUCUACUUCUGGGUAGUUCUGGUUGAGAUGAGUACCAUAGCAUUGAGCAUUGCAUCCACUUUAUUUUGCUUGCUAUUGGGAAAAUGGGUGGGAGGUCAUGGCUAUCUGAUCUACUGUUUUGUCAUAUUGUAUCUGUAUUGUGGUCUUGGCACCAUGGUUGAAAUUUCGAAUGAUGAUGUUAUUAACUCUUGCUACACUGAUGUCAUUUGGUACAAACUACCUGUUCCGGAGAAGAAAAUGCUGCGAAUGAUGUUAAUGAUGGCACAAAAUACCACAGGACUAACAGUGGGUGCAGUUAUGCCUUUGACCAUGAAUACAGGUCUGCAGUUGACAAAGGCGAUUUACACCUGGACCAUGAUGUUGAUAAACUUUAUCAAUUGAAUUUGAUUAUUAAAUAUAUUAUUG